GUUAAUGAGCACCUAUUAUCGUCUUCCACUUCAGCCCUUCGGUCUCCUCUACUUCCUCCUUGAAACCGCAGGACGAAUCCAGCGCCUCUGUGAACCUGUAAGUCCGGCAUUCACCGGUAAACGAUCAAUUAAUCCGGCACUCCCUGGUAACAUCCGGCCAUUACUCUAACCAGAUCAGCAAUGGAGAAAGCAGCUGGUCUUUUCAGACGUUCAUUCAGUCUUAUCAGAAGCUUCAGUACUUCUGCCCCUACUUCAAAUGCAGCCACAGCAGUUGUAUCAAAGAAAUCGAAGCGUAGGAAGAAGAACUUCUUUGAAGUUUCUCAGUUUCUUCCCAACUGGGGUAUUGGAUAUCAAAUGGCCAAGAGUCACUGGGUUGGAGUAUCUUACCAGAUUACGAAGAUCAAUCUCUACAAGGAUGGUCGACAUGGUAAGGCAUGGGGAAUUGUCUACAAAAACGGUGUUCCAGCUGCUGAUGCUCCCAAAAAAAUAAGUGGGGUUCAUAAACGCUGUUGGAAAUACAUUCCAGAUUCAAAGAGAGCAGUAGAGAGCCUUCCAAAACCGGAAGCUCAGUUAACUUGAUGAUCCAUUUUGAUUUUUCAAGGCUAAUUUUCUGUACUUCAAUCUUCUUUUUGUACAAGGUCAAAAUUAUGAAGUACAUCUUGAAUUAGCGGGGUCUACGCAAUUGUUGUGGAGGCCUAAACAGCCUUGUUUUUAUCUCUUCUGUGUUUGUAUUCUGCAGCUAUGGAUGAUAACAUCAGUGCUGAACCUUAAAACACAAACUGAAAACUGAACUGUUUGGAUGUUCUUUACUACUUGUUUUAUCGUUUUCUUGA